AUGCCAGCAGCAGUCCCAUCAAUGUCCAUUGCGCCCUUGAUUGUCACGAGCACCACCGGCACCACCAUCCAGACCCUCGACUACCUGACAGGCGAGACGUCCGUGAUGAGCACCACCAUGAUGUCCACCGCCAACCAGAGCGACAAGGAGAAGGCCAAGAAGCACAAGAGGCAUUGGUGGUCGCGCUUCCGCAAGAGCGACGGCCGCCCGUGCCGCGAGAUGCAGACGCUGGAGACCACCGCCGCCCACCGGAGUCGCAGCUCAAGUCGCAGUCCUCGACCGCUUGACGAGAGCAUGUUCCCCCGGCGGAUCAGCAACAACAGCUCGCAGUCCGUGCCCACGCCGCCCGUCAACAUCACCGCCACCCCAGCGAGUCCGAGCUCGGUCGCGAGUUCCAUCAGCAGCUGCAGCAACAGCAGCAUCUUCGGCUCAGAAACCUCACGAACCACGACCGGUGGAGGCCGCUCGAGCACGUCGUCGAUCUACCCCAGCAGAGUCAGCCCCAGCGCGAGCACCAAGGGCGCCGCCGGAGUGAAUGAGUCCCUCGGCACCAAGGCCAUCAUGAAGGAACAGACGAAGAAGUCGCAGGGCUAUCGCGAACGACGAAGCCUCAUGGGAGAUCCCGCCCUUGACGCUUUGAUGUUGUCCAGCGCUUUUGUCAUCUUCUAG